UUGCUUCCGCGUGGCCCUUCACGUGACCACCGUCCCCAGUCAGCCUGAGGUGGCUAAUUAAUCAAUCAACCUCAUUAACCCGCGCCCCCGCGGUUGCUCGUCUCUGGACUCUGCGUGGCUUAAUUGACUAUUAACACACAUUCAUUGGUAUUUACGGCGCCUAGUCAUGGAGGAGGAGGAGUGCGACUUGGCCGAAGCGUUCGACUGCCCGAGCCUUCUGUGUGAAGAACUGGAAGAUUUGGAAACUAGAAACUCCCAAGACGUGAUAAGUGAGAAGAGGACGGAGGAAGAUGAGAAAGAGUUUGGUCAAGGGGAGGAUGACGAGGCUGGAGAGGACACGGAGUGCAAAGAGAAGAAUAGUGAAGAAGUGGGAAGUGAAAAGAAGGUUGUUGCAUCAGAAGAACCAACUGCAGCACAGAGAGAAGAGGAGGAGCUCUGGCACGGGAAGCCUGGUGGUGGGCUGGAGCUGAAGGAGGCUGCGCAGAUGGACGAAGAAGCUCUCAAAAGCACAAAUGCUGAUAAGCAGGAGACUCGACAGAAGAAAGGGAGGAAGAGACGUGGUAAAAGGCAAAGUGAGCACGGCAAAAGCAAAAAAGCAGCAAAGGAUGCUAAGAAGUUGGAGGAGGAAAAAAGUCAGAUGCAAGAAAUGCUGUUGACGUGCUCAGAGGAGAGCUUGACUUUUUUGGAGCCUUCUGGUGCUCAGAUGAGCAGUUGUGACUUGACGGACUCCGUAUACCUGAGCUUCGGGGAAACGGGGCUGUAUUGCCCCCAAGCCCCUGUACCUCUGCUAUACCCACCUCAGGCUUCAGUUCCCACGCAGCCUGCAGCUCCUCAACCUGGAGGAACAAAAGGGAGUCAUUGCUCCCCACUUUCACACAGCUUCCCCCGGCAGGGCCCCCAGCCUCUGGAGCUGGACAUUGGUCAUGUCUACUCCACCCGGCGCUCCAUCCGCUACAACGGCAGAGGCAGAAGCCAGCCCAUCAGUUUCCCUCUGCUGCCGGGACUGGAGCCUGUGGACAACUGCCUGCUGCCACCUGCACCGAAAAAGAAAACAAGGACGUUUUACAGCACAGACCAGUUGGAGCAUUUGGAAGCCUUGUUCCAGGAGGAUCACUAUCCUGAUACUGAGAAGAGGAAGCUUAUUGCUGCUUCAGUUGGUGUCACUCCCCAGAGAAUCAUGGUGUGGUUUCAAAACCGCAGAGCUAAGUGGAGAAAAGUGCGCUCACUUACAGCAAAAGCUGAUUCUACACAGAGCAGAGCUGAAUACAGCAUUAGCAGUCCUAAUCACAAAAUCAAUCCUGUACUGACAUCCAGCAGAAAGGGGGCUCCUUCAUUUUCUGAGCACUUUGACGCAACUGUAGCCCAGAUGGCGCCCGCAGCAGCUUCUUUUUCCACUUUGUCGAGUCAGACUCUUCUGCAGUACGGCAGUCUGCUGGCCAGCCUCAACAGUCCAGGUCAAUGCAGAGGGAGAGAAAUGGGCCAGCAACAGCUCCCAUCUCAGGGGGGUUUGCCAGAGUGUCACCCGCGUCCGAUGCACAGCCCGCCCCCCCUCCGCCGAGCCACCCUCCCCUCCAUGACAACAACCUACACCCCUGUUAGCCCCACUUCAUCUCUCCUGAGCACUCCUGCUCACACGCCACCUUUCCUUGAAACGCUGGAAGGGGGCUCCACUAUGACGUACCACGACCCCCAGUUUCUACAGGGGGACACCAGUUCAUUGUUUGACCUCACAGACAAGCUCGACUACUCGACGCUCAGCCAGCAGCACAACGCCUUAUCUUACCAGACUACCUACCCCACAAACCAGUACCACCCUCAAGUAUCUGUCUCACACAUGUCCUACCUCACUCCCUCCCCUUAUCUCACCCCCAACCCUCCAGAUUCCAAUACCACCUCCUAUCUGACUUUUUGUCCUGGAGGAAACUCCUCUGGGGUCGUGACUUACUCCACAGAUGGUCACAGCUACUAUCAGAAUCAGAGCUCUGGACAAAUUCUGCUGCAGUCAACUUGUUUCAAUGGUGGAUCCGCUGCUUAUCAGUCAUACCCAUGGAGUAACACGUACAACCAACCAGUCGUGCACCAGCAUGCUCAGUGCCCUCCCACAUACCAUGUCAGUUCAGGAUCUUCCCAACAGGCUCCAUCAGCUACCAGCCUUCCUCUGCAAUCAUCAUUCUUCCCAGGAGGAGACCACGAGCCCUCACAUGUGUCCCAGACACGCACUACCACCAGCACCACCACUGCCCUCCCGCCCGUCUCAACUCUGCGGCCCUCCUGCCUCACAGCAGAGAGUACACCAACCAGAGUCUCAUUGCUUUUGCCUUCACAGGUCAGUUCUAUAUCCCCAGAAAGCCCUCCAGUGCCCUCUACUGUCAAAACUGAGUAUGACAGCCCCCAAGAAAUGCACAGCCACUUUCACUGUGACUUCUCCCCAAUACAUUUUUGAUUGUGUUUCUGUUUGCAUUCCUAAUAUUGUGAUGUUCUUUGUGUAAAUGUUGGUUCGAAAACUUUACUGGAUUAAGCUUUGCUGCAAUAAAUGCUCAUUGCUUUGUUUACUCUUUA